CAGAGUUCCUGUGGGAGGGCCACUAUAAGGCAUGGGAAAGUUUCCUUUCCCUCACUUGUUUCUUUUUUUCUGAUUAAGUGGCUGUGUUUCGACCACAAGUGCUUUUAAAACUCUCAGCGGCAAAAUCUCCUCACACGGAUAACAGAAGAUAAACAUAAAACAGGGUUGACAGAGGAUGUCCAGAGCUGAUUGGGGUUUUCUGGAGCACCUGCUAGAGGAAGGUCAGGAGUACUCAACGGGCGUGGGGCGUGUGUGGCUCACCGUGCUCUUCCUCUUCCGCAUGCUUGUGCUUGGCACGGCGGUGGAAUCUGCAUGGGACGACGAACAGUCUGACUUCGUCUGCAACACCAAACAGCCUGGCUGUGAGUCCGUCUGCUAUGACAAGGCCUUCCCCAUCUCCCACUUCCGUUACUUCGUUCUGCAAGUCAUCUUCGUCUCAACACCGACCAUUUUUUACUUUGGCUAUGUGGCCUUGAGGACUAGAAAUGAGAACAGGCAAGAGGAGAAGCCGGAGGAGGAGGGCAGAAAACAAAGACAUAGAAAAAACAACGAGUGCAAGUUGGAGGUAAUAAAGGAGGAAGAUGAAGGGGGCGAGGAGAAAGACACGCAUAAGAACCGCAAAGCUCCAGGACCUCUAAAACUCAAAGGGAAACUGCUGUGCGCUUACGCGACUAGCAUAGUGAUAAAGGUUCUCAUUGAAGUUAGCUUCAUUUUAGGUCUAUGGUUCUUUUAUGGGUUUGUAAUCCAGGCCAGGUAUGAGUGCAAGAGGUUUCCCUGUCCUCACACAGUGGACUGUUUUGUCUCACGGCCCACAGAAAAAACUAUCUUCACCAUAUACACGCAGGCCAUCGCCGCAGUGUCGGUUAUCCUCAACGUUGUGGAGCUUUUCCAUCUCCUUCAGCUAGCGAUAACACAUCGACUAAAGAAGAGAUAUCAGGCAGAGGAGGAGAUUAAUAAACUUAUUAGAUUGACUUCUUCUAGAACAGCACCAGCUAAAGAGCAACUACCACCAUUUGAGGAAAAAAAACAUCUCUUUCUUCCUGUAGCACAGGACGGUUACCCUGCAUCAGAGAUGGACUGGAACAAAAGAGCUCCUCCUUUAGCAGAGGACAUGCUCCCUAGUUACUCAAAUUGCAUAAGCGGUGUGAAACCUGCUGUAAACAAAAAACAUCAUAAAAAACACAACAAGACAGAAGACAAACCAAGACAUUAUGUAUGAAGAGCACAAAAUGAGAACCAGGGCUCCAUUUUGAGGAACAGACAUGUGUAAAUGAACAUUAGGGGUUUACUGUGCAUUCGAGAGCCAUUUCCUUUGUUUAGAUAGGCAGGGAAAUGGGCUGUGCUUUGGGAUGAACUGUCUUUUGUGAUCUGUGGCCAGAUACGGGAGCCUCUCAAGUAGUGAUUAGUUUUGAGAGGCUCAAGGUCAGAAAAUACUCAAACCACUGAGCCUAAGAGAAACAAGCACAAUGUCUAAAAAUGCCAAGGCGAAGGGUGGGUUUAAGUCAAGUGCUGAACUGAAUGAUUGAUAUGGUACAGUUAAGGUAGUACAUGAUUUUCUGUACUUGAGACCAAAAUCAAAGUCAAACUAUACCAACCAACUGUAUUGUACAAUAUUUAAAAUGUAUUUAAGAAUUAUUUUAUAUUUCAUUUAAUAUUUAUUUUCAUUACUUUCAUUAAAGGAUUUGUGGUUUUUAAUCCACUUUUUGACUACUAAAAA